UUUUUUAUGUCCAUGUUGUAAAUCCUGAAAACACACAGGCAAGAGUUCAGAGAUCUUUUCCAUCCAAUCACAAUCACUCUCCCAACUACGUCAUCGAAGACCGUCCAAUCAGAGAGUUUGUUGUCCCCGAGGCACGUCAAGUUUGCCUUUGUAAGACAGGAAAUACAAAAAAUUUUGUUUUCAAGAUAAUGUAAAUGUCUUUGAAAGGGAACAGAAGUAAAAAUCUAUUGCGGACAGUGACAAACUCCUAAUAAUUAUGUAGUUUUACUGUAGUAGGAUUUUUCCUGCAGGAAUUUUACAUGUAAUGGACUAUUUUUACAUUGCUGAUUUGUAUUAGCCGGAUGUUAUAUCAUUCUUUGCUGCUAACUUGUCGUUCCUCACUAGCAUCCGUUAGCUUUAGCGUUCCGCUUUCCCACAAGGACUCUGCAGUUUUGAGCCACUGUAGAAGGCAGACAAACAUAAAUGAACUCAUGUAUAUUUUAAUAUUUUGUACCCGAAGCUGAAACAUUAUUUCAAGCUGUUUGUCUUUUGGCUGUUGACGCGCUUUUAGCUAAUUAGCCAGUUAGCCGUUAUUCCUGCUGGGGGAGAAAGUUGGUCCAUGAGGUUAAAAUAAAUUGAAGCGACUUCGACAAAUAAUGAGACCUAACUGAGUGUUAUAACAGGUAACUCCGUUUCAUAGGCAGCAGGAUGAGGGCUUUACUUCUUGGUAAAACACAACAGUUGGUUAGUAGAGUCUUCAAUCAUCCUGUCAGACCUUCAGCAGCAGUGCGAUGGCGAGCUGCUCAGGCCAGACUCUUGUGCAGCUCUUCACCAGACGAGGAAAAGCCUCGACCCUCCAUGCUGCGACACCUGACCUCUAAAAUUAAAGCCACAGGUCCGAUUCCGGUGGCGGAGUACAUGAGGGAGGUGCUCACCAACCCUGUGACGGGUUAUUAUGUGAAGAACAACAUGCUGGGGCCUGACGGAGAUUUCAUCACAUCACCAGAAAUCAGUCAGAUCUUCGGAGAGCUGCUCGGUAUCUGGAUCAUCAGUGAGUGGAUGGGAGCAGGUGGCCCCAAACAGCUGCAGCUGGUCGAGCUCGGACCUGGAAAAGGAUCGCUGGCCGCUGACGUCCUCCGAGUGUUCAGUCAGCUGCAGUCGGUGCUGAGCGGGGCCUCCAUGUCGCUCCACCUGGUUGAGGUGAGUCCGGCGCUGAGUCACAUUCAGGCCCAGAAUCUGACCGGGACCCGCAACCAAGAGGCAGACAGCGAGGACGAGCCGGUUUACCGCCGCGGGGAAACCUCCACCGGGCUGCCGGUGUCCUGGUACCGCCGCUUAGACGACGUCCCUGCAGGAUUCAGCAUCUUUCUGGCUCAUGAGUUCUUCGACGCUCUGCCGAUCCACAAAUUCCAGAGGACAGAGAAAGGCUGGAGGGAGGUGAUGGUGGACAUCGACCCAGAGAAGCCGGACCAGCUGAGGUUUGUGGUGGCGCCGUCUUCAACUCUGGCCUCCUCCACGCUGGUACAGGCAGAUGAAAGGCGGCAUCAUGUGGAGGUGUGUGCAGAAGGAGGCGUCAUCGUCCAGCAGCUGGCCCGGCGGAUCACAGAGGACGGAGGAGCGGCGCUGAUCGCCGACUACGGCCACGAUGGAACCAAGACGGACACGUUCAGAGGCUUUAAAGGUCACCAGCUCCAUGACGUCCUGGCGUCACCCGGCUCGGCCGACCUCACCGCUGACGUUGACUUCAGCUACCUGCGGAGGGUGGCUGGAGGGGGCGUGGCCUGUAUGGGACCUGUCAGUCAAAGGACGUUCCUGAAGAACAUGGGCAUCGACACCCGGCUACAGGUUCUGCUGAGGAACUGCAGCGACCCGUCCACCAGGAAGCAGCUGAUCAGCAGCUACGACAUGCUGACGAACCCGGCCAAGAUGGGCGAGCGCUUCCACUUCUUCAGCCUGCUGCACCCGAGCCGCCUCGCCAAACCCAAGACAUCAGAGGGGCUGAAGCUGGAGAAGAAGAGCCCGGCGCCGCUGCCUGUGGCCGGAUUCGCCGAGCUCAGCUUCUCCUGAGGUGUUUUUAACUGUCCAGAGACCGUUAACAGGUCAGCAACAGAUCAGAAAAGUCUGGAGAUGAUCUGAUCCUUCCUGUAGAGGUUUGGGAGCUUAGAGAGACAUUACAGGUUAUCUGAGAGAUUCUUGAAGCUCCGUCAUUUGCAGAUACUUUGACUCGGAGGAUCAUGUUCAUGGGACGAUGGUGUUUUUACAGCUGAUAUAAAAAAAUACCUCGUAUUCAUGCAGGAGGAUGACACAGUGUCUGUAAUUUAGAGAAAAAGAAGAAAUUUGCUGUAUUGUACCAGAUUAUAUGUUCAGCAUGAAGUGAACUAAAUGUAAACUUUCUCUUUAGACGUUUUAAUGUAAAAAUCCAAGAAAAUAAAAAUAUUUUUUGACA